UCGGAAUUGUGGGCCACUCGGCUAAUGGCGUCGGCGAGUCUGGGGGAUCAGGGGAGCCGGCUGUGAAGCUUCUCGCCAGGUUGGCUGGUGACAACCGGUGCUGCCGGGCCUGCGUCAGCAGGAGGGACCUGCCCGCUUUGUGGGCUCCUCGGCUAGGGCCGGCGAAGCCUAGCGGGGGCGGGGCGACUGCGAGGUGGCUCCUCGGCUAAGAGCCGAGGGAGUUGCGAGGAGGCUGCGGGGGGCUCUCGGGCUCGCUGCCCAGGCCUGGCGGAGCCCCAGUGGAGCCCAAGGGGCGGACUGCCCAAAGGCCAGAGACACCUGGAGGGAGCUGCCUGUCACCCCGAGGAGCUGACAGUGCCGAAGUUCGUUUGCGCCGCUCAGAAAUUGGCACCAAGCUAGGUGGAUCAUGUCUGGCACCAACAGCCCCGAGGCGGUUAAGAAGCUGCUGGAGAAUAUGCAGAGCGACUUACGGGCCUUGUCCCUGGAAUGUAAGAAGAAAUUCCCACCUGUCAAGGAGGCUGCUGAAUCAGGAAUAAUAAAAGUUAAAACAAUAGCUGCACGAAACACCGAAAUUUUGGCAGCAUUGAAAGAGAACAGCUCAGAGGUUGUUCAGCCUUUUCUAAUGGGUUGUGGAACCAAGGAACCGAAGAUCACUCAGCUAUGUUUGGCUGCCAUUCAGAGACUCAUGUCCCAUGAAGUUGUAUCUGAGACUGCAGCUGGAAAUAUAAUUAACAUGCUUUGGCAGCUAAUGGAAAAUAGUCUUGAAGAACUUAAGCUACUUCAAACAGUUCUUGUUCUUUUAACAACCAAUACGGUGGUUCAUGAUGAGGCACUCUCUAAGGCAAUUGUUCUUUGUUUUCGACUACACUUUACAAAAGAUAAUAUUACAAAUAAUACAGCUGCUGCUACAGUGCGACAAGUUGUCACUGUUGUUUUUGAGAGGAUGGUUGCUGAAGAUGAACGACACAGAGAUAUUAUAGAACAACCAGUACUAGUCCAAGGAAAUAGUAACAGAAGAUCUGUCAGUGCCCUCAAACCUUGUGCUAAAGAUGCAUACAUGCUUUUCCAGGACCUGUGCCAGUUGGUUAAUGCUGAUGCCCCUUACUGGCUAGUAGGCAUGACAGAAAUGACUCGAACGUUUGGCCUCGAAUUACUUGAGUCAGUCCUGAAUGAUUUUCCACAAGUCUUUUUACAACAUCAGGAAUUUAGUUUCCUUCUCAAAGAAAGGGUGUGUCCUCUUGUGAUAAAGCUCUUUUCUCCAAAUAUAAAGUUCAGACAAGGUUCCAGCACUUCAUCUUCUCCAGCACCAGUUGAAAAACCGUAUUUUCCUAUCUGCAUGCGUUUGCUGAGAGUGGUAUCUGUUCUGAUUAAGCAAUUUUACAGUCUUUUGGUAACUGAAUGUGAAAUAUUUCUGUCACUUCUGGUGAAAUUUCUGGAUGCAGAUAAACCGCAGUGGCUACGAGCUGUUGCAGUGGAAUCGAUACACAGACUCUGUGUGCAGCCUCAGCUAUUGAGGUCAUUUUGUCAGUCGUAUGAUAUGAAACAGCAUUCUACCAAGGUUUUUCGUGAUAUUGUGAAUGCACUGGGAUCUUUUAUCCAGUCCUUGUUUCUUGUCCCUCCUACUGGAAAUCCUGCUACAACAAACCAAGCUGGAAACAGUAAUCCGGGCGGCCCUGUUUCAGCACCGGCUAACUCAGGAAUGCUGGGGAUUGGUGGAGGUGUUACUUUGCUACCAGCGUUCGAAUAUAGAGGAACUUGGAUACCUAUCCUGACUGUGACAGUGCAAGGCAGUGCUAAAGCAACCUACUUAGAGAUGUUGGACAAAGUUGAGCCCCCAACUAUACCAGAAGGCUAUGCUAUGUCUGUGGCAUUCCAUUGUUUGCUGGACCUUGUACGUGGGAUCACUAGUAUGAUUGAAGGAGAGUUAGGAGAGGUUGAAAUAGAAUGUCAGACUACAACCACUGAAGCAGUUUCUUCACGAACACAGUCAUCCGAACAGCAAGAAUUACAGUCAACAUCAGACCAAAUGGAUAAUGAAAUAGUUAGUAGAGCUGUUUGGGAAGAAAUGGUGAAUGCCUGCUGGUGUGGUCUGCUUGCUGCACUCUCUCUCCUUCUUGAUGCCAGCACAGAUGAAGCUGCCACUGAGAAUAUUUUAAAAGCUGAACUGACCAUGGCUGCUCUUUGUGGAAGACUGGGCCUCGUAACUUCAAGAGAUGCCUUUAUAACUGCGAUAUGCAAAGGUUCCCUGCCUCCCCAUUAUGCUCUCACUGUGCUGAAUACCACCACUGCGGCCACACUUUCCAGCAAAUCGUAUUCCAUCCAGGGCCAGAGUGUCACAAUGAUCAGCCCCUCAAGCGAGUCCCACCAGCAGGUGGUGGCUGUGGGGCAGCCACUGGCCGUGCAGCCUCAAGGGACAGUGAUGCUAACGUCCAAAAAUAUCCAGUGCAUGAGGACUUUACUUAACUUGGCACACUGCCAUGGGGCUGUUCUUGGAACAUCAUGGCAACUUGUCUUGGCAACUCUACAGCAUCUUGUAUGGAUUCUGGGAUUAAAGCCUAGUAGUGGUGGUGCCUUGAAACCUGGGAGAGCUGUAGAAGGACCCAGUACAGUUCUAACAACAGCAGUGAUGACAGAUUUACCAGUGAUUUCCAAUAUACUUUCAAGAUUGUUUGAAAGCUCACAGUAUCUUGAUGAUGUAUCGUUGCAUCAUUUAAUAAAUGCACUUUGUUCCUUAUCUCUAGAAGCAAUGGAUAUGGCCUAUGGAAAUAAUAAGGAACCAUCUCUUUUUGCUGUUGCCAAAUUGUUAGAAACUGGUCUAGUUAACAUGCACCGAAUAGAAAUUCUGUGGAGACCUCUAACUGGCCAUCUACUUGAGAAGGUGUGCCAGCAUCCAAACUCUCGAAUGAGAGAAUGGGGAGCAGAAGCUUUAACCUCACUUAUUAAAGCAGGAUUAACAUUUAACCAUGAUCCUCCACUUUCACAAAAUCAGAGGCUGCAGUUGCUUUUACUGAACCCAUUAAAGGAGAUGUCCAGUAUUAACCACCCAGAUAUUCGACUCAAGCAAUUAGAAUGUGUGUUGCAGAUUCUGCAGAGUCAGGGAGACAGUCUUGGGCCUGGGUGGCCAUUAGUGCUUGGAGUUAUGGGAGCAAUCAGAAAUGAUCAAGGAGAGUCCUUGAUACGAACUGCGUUCCAGUGUCUUCAGUUGGUUGUGACUGAUUUUUUGCCAACAAUGCCGUGCACUUGCCUGCAGAUAGUUGUCGAUGUUGCAGGUAGCUUUGGACUUCAUAACCAAGAACUUAAUAUUAGUUUAACUUCAAUAGGUUUAUUGUGGAAUAUUUCAGAUUAUUUUUUCCAAAGAGGAGAAACUAUUGAAAAAGAAUUAGAUAAAGAAGAGGCAGCACAGCAAAAGCAGGCGGAAGAGAAAGGAGUGGUUUUAAAUCGGCCAUUCCAUCCUGCGCCACCAUUUGAUUGCUUGUGGUUAUGUCUUUACGCGAAAUUGGGUGAACUGUGUGUGGACCCCCGGCCUGCUGUCAGGAAGAGUGCAGGGCAAACUCUGUUCUCGACAAUCGGUGCACAUGGGACUUUAUUACAACAUUCAACGUGGCACACUGUUAUUUGGAAGGUUCUCUUUCAUCUACUGGACCGAGUUCGAGAGUCUUCUACCACUGCAGACAAAGAAAAGAUUGAGUCCGGAGGUGGCAAUAUUCUCAUUCAUCAUUCAAGAGACACAGCAGAGAAGCAAUGGGCUGAAACAUGGGUUUUAACAUUGGCCGGAGUGGCGAGAAUCUUCAACACGAGAAGAUAUUUACUACAGCCUUUAGGAGAUUUUCCAAGAGCGUGGGAUGUUCUUCUUGACCAUAUACAAUCAGCAGCACUCAGCAAAAACAAUGAAGUCUCUCUGGCUGCACUGAAAAGCUUCCAGGAAAUUUUACAGAUUGUGUCCCCCGUCAGAGACUCAGAUAAGCCUGAGACGCCACCUGCAGUUAAUGUACCUGUGCCUGUCCUUAUAGGGUCCAUAUCAGGCCCUGGCCUGAACAGGCCGUUUAUAAGAACAGAUUCCAUCGGAGAAAGACUUAGAAGAUACAGUGGUUCUGAGCCACCCAUAGUUACGGAUGAGCUUGAAGAUUUGAAUCUCUGGUGGGCUGCGUGGAAUACCUGGUAUAGGAUUGGAUCUGAAAGCACUAAGCCUCCUAUUACUUUUGAUAAACUAACAUUCAUUCCUAGCCAGCCUUUUCUUACAGCUUUAAUUCAGAUAUUUCCAGCUCUCUACCAACACAUAAAAACUGGUUUCAACAUGGAUGACUUGCAGAAGUUGGGAGUCAUAUUGCACAGUGCGGUUUCCGUCCCUAUAAGUUCAGAUGCAUCCCCUUUCAUUCUUCCAUCUUAUACUGAAGCAGUUUUGACAAGUUUACAGGAAGCUGUACUUACAGCUUUAGAUGUUCUCCAAAAGGCCAUCUGUGUAGGACCAGAAAACAUGCAGAUAAUGUAUCCAGCUAUAUUUGACCAGUUACUGGCAUUUGUAGAAUUUUCCUGUAAACCUCCACAGUAUGGACAGCUGGAAACAAAACACAUUGCAAAUGCAAAAUAUAAUCAGAUCCAACUAUUUGCACCGGCCGAAUGGGUAGCCUUGAAUUAUGUACCAUUUGCUGAAAGGUCUUUAGAAGUAGUUGUGGAUUUAUACCAAAAAACAGCCUGUCACAAAGCAGUGGUGAAUGAGAAAGUACUCCAGAAUAUUAUUAAGACCCUUAGGGUUCCUCUCAGUUUGAAGUAUUCCUGCCCUUCUGAAAGCACAUGGAAACUCGCAGUGUCUUCUCUCCUCAAAGUUCUUUCUAUUGGGUUACCAGUUGCCCGGCAGCAUGCUUCUUCCGGAAAAUUUGACAGUAUGUGGCCAGAACUAGCCAACACUUUUGAAGACUUUCUCUUUACUAAAAGCAUACCUCCAGAUAACCUCUCUAUUCAAGAAUUUCAAAGAAACGAAAGUAUUGAUGUUGAGGUAGUUCAGCUUAUCAGCACUGAGAUACUGCCUUAUGCCAAUUUUAUUCCUAAGGAAUUUGUUGGUCAAAUAAUGACUAUGCUUAAUAAGGGCUCAAUACAUUCUCAGUCGUCUUCAUUUACAGAAGCAGAGAUUGAUAUUCGUUUGAGAGAAGAAUUUUCUAAAAUGUGUUUUGAAACAUUGCUCCAGUUUUCCUUCAGUAAUAAAGUCACAACACCUCAAGAAGGCUACAUUUCACGAAUGGCACUCUCAGUGCUUCUAAAGAGAUCUCAAGAUGUACUACAUCGUUAUAUAGAGGAUGAAAGAUUAAGUGGUAAAUGCCCUCUUCCAAGACAACAAGUAACAGAAAUCAUAUUUGUUUUAAAAGCAGUCAGUACUCUCAUUGAUUCACUUAAGAAAACUCAGCCUGAAAAUGUUGAUGGAAAUACCUGGGCUCAAGUAAUUGCCUUAUACCCAACGUUAGUGGAAUGCAUCACCUGCUCAUCUUCAGAAGUCUGUUCUGCCCUUAAAGAAGCACUGGUUCCUUUUAAGGAUUUCAUGCAACCACCAGCAUCCAAAGUUCAAAAUGGAGAAUCUUGACCAGCUACAAUAAACUCAAACAAGAAAGACAGCUGAAGAAUGUUUGCUCCUCAGUGAGUUUUCUGUGAGAAGGACAUUUCUUACCACAAAUAAUUCUUGGCAGCUGUUGUUGGCCUCCUUUAAAUUGUACUUACCUGAGUUAAGUAGUUCACAUUACAAGCUUACAUGUCAACAAAGGCUCCUGAAUGAGUAGCAGUGCAAGCCUUUAAUAAAUUAAACUGAUGGAAGAGGUGGUUAAUACUGCAGCAUACCUGCUACUGUUUCUUCAUUUGGUGAUUUAAAAGUGAGCUUAUGUACAGUUUGUGGUGUAUGUGUUAAUGAUGUACUUUUUAAAAAGAAAGAAAAGAUAUUUCAUUUACUCAGAUUUAUUAGGCUGGUGUUUUUGCGCCCCUUUUCUAGUACAAAAUUGUACUAAACUUUUAUGCAAGACGGUACUGUAACAUUCCAUAUUGUCUAUAACCAGCCUUUGUAAACAAAGGGAACUGAUAUACUUGUGUGUAUAAUAAAUGGUACAGUUCUGUAUAAAAUAGCUGCAUUUAUUAUUUAAAUUUUUAAAAUAUUGAUGUUAAAUGCUUGAAGCUGUAUUUAUUAUUAAUGCAAAAUUGUUUGCUUACAUUUUUACUUAUAAUUUGCCUUAAGUGGCAGAUAUGCUCACCAUAUGAUCAUGCAGUUAGCUGAAUGCUUAUUUUAAGUGUAUUUACUAGUGACUGUUAAACAUCUAACCAGAAAGGUCAUGUGAACAUAGCAGCAAAUAGUUGAUGAUUUGCUGACUUUGCAACUUUCAAGUAUAGAUUAUUAACUUAAUAUGUUGGGAUAUAUUGUAGCACUAUGACUCCGUCAUACCUCAUUUCUUUAAUUAUCUUUCUCAGAUUUCACAUAAGUCUGUCUCUUUUUAUAUUUGCUGUCUGAAUUUUAAAGACUUUUCAUACUUUAUAUUUCUACUGAUCUUUUUUUUCCCACUAACAACAUUUCACUGUCUUUGAAUUAUGACCCAGGCAAGAUGAUUUCACGUUUCCCAAGAUUUUGCCGUGAGGUUUUGUCCAUUUCAGUGCUUCAUUUUGUAUGUCCUCUCAAGAAGAAAAUAACUGUGCUCUAACCCACGAAUUUAAAAUGCGUGUAAUAGUCCACAACAACGAGAAGUGUAUUUUUUGAGACAGUGAAGCAUUUAAAAGUGCGGUAAACUUUGUCAUGGAGUGAAAUGCCAAUUUUGUUUCACCUUCCUAUCUUAGUGAAGAAGAAAAGUGCUCUUGAGUACAUUAACUUAAUUGUUUCUAAAAAAGCUGACUGACCUAGCUCACUGUACUUUUUAUUUAAUGGAUUAUGGUAUUGUCAUAAUUUUAUCCUGAGUUAAGUUUUCAUAAUUAUUUAUAUGAAGACUCAAAGAUGUUUAAAACAAUGAUUAUUCAUAAGAAAUCAUAGUAGUCUUAGUAUUAUUUUAGUAUGCUGGAAGGCCUUUGAUUUUAAUAGAAUUUAUUAAUUUCAGCCUCUCCAGAAUAAUUAUAAAACUACGAGAAGAUAUUAGAAUUAAGUAAUGAAUUAGAUACAAUUUUGAGGCUGUUGUAAUUGUAUAUUUAAUUUGCACUGUUAUCUGUAGACAUGUGAUCAGGUCUUUUUUUUGAGGGGAUAUUAUUUUUAUUUACAUGAAUUAAUGAAUUUCUAUUUUAUAAUUUCACCUAAAAUUAAGGUAAAAUAUGACAUUUCCUAGACUCUCUUCAAAAUUUUCCUUUAAGAAAGUUGUAAAAAAAAAAAUUCAAGCCGUAUAUUUAGUUUAUUUUCUGUAUUUGGAUAUGUUAAAUUGGGGAUUAGAAACGUCUGCAUAUCACUGAUAAAGUAUUCAAAUAGAAUAAGAAGGGUAGUAUUCCAAUUCAGUGACACCUUAAAAAUAUUGCCAUGAAUUUACAUGAAGUAAAAAUAUGUCCAUUCUUAAGAAAUAGCAGAUCAAUUGCAAUCAGAAUAAUUAUGCUCCAGUGAAAGUUAAAUGUGAGUCUUGGGUAUGUAGCUAUAAUGGGAGUAGUUCUAGCUAUUGUAUUAGUUUUCAAUACUAGAACCAUGCCCUACAGAAAAAAAAAAGAAAACCCCACAAAUGUGGUGAAUGUGUAAAUAUCAUAUAUGGUAAUCAGUGCCCGUCUUAGUGAUGAGCAAAGUGGGCCGCCCCCUAGGUGGUGUAAUUUGACUGAUUUUUCCUCCCAGGAUAUCUCCUGCCACCCCUAGGAAUCACUGCUAGCAAUUCAUUCCUUUGAAUCAAGGCUGCAUUUUCUAAAAUAUCCUGACCCCUGGGGAGGUUACUACAUUGCACUUGUCUUGGUAUGAAUUGCCUUCUUCAGGGACUAGAAGAACCGGGCUGUGUGAGAUUACUAGAUGCUAGGAGAUUCAAAAAAGAAGCUCCCAAAGCUGAGAUCAUUUUAUAGCACAAUUGAGACUAUGACUAGGACUGAAAUAGUAGUAAUAAUGUCCUUUGAGAUUCGUAUUAUAAAUACAGUGAGUUUUCAGUCUCGCAUAAUCACUUUUUGUCACUGACAGUGCCUAUCUUACAAAGCUGGCUAGACAACAGGCAUAUGCCAACAAUUGGGUUCAAGUCCUUUUCUAGCUGUUUUUUCCAGUAUAAAGAAACCAAACUAAUUUUCAACGUGAAUAACUUACUUUUUUAGUUCCCUGUAAUGCUACCACUGCCAAAAAGGAAAAGAAAAGGUCAUUUUGUAGUUUCUUAUUUAGUUUCUUUAUAGUUAGUGUUAAUAUUUUGUUAGUUUUACUAUAUAUAUUUGUAACAUUUAUGUAUUAGGAGUCUGCUAGGUGCCAAAAGAAAAAGAAGAUGCAUAAAAGUCUGGCUUAGAACCGCUUUUAACUUUUUUUAAUAAUCGUGCCUAGUUGUGAGGCAGUGAAGAGCUGAGGCUCUGCCUCCUUUUCAACUUCACGCACGUUAACUUUUCACAGCCUGUUUUCUUAUCCUGAAACAGAGAUGAUAAUCAAUGAGUUAUUUGUUCUUCAGAGAAAACAAUACAGAGUUGGAAUUUUGAGUUGAUUUCAUAAUGACAUUCUUAGGGUAACUAUUUACGUUGUUUGAUAAAUUUAUUGCUAUUCCUAAGCUGAGACUUUUGACUCUAUGAUUUUCUCCCUUUUCCUCCUGCAUCAUUUUCAUCUUCUCUUUCUUUCUUCUUUAAGUUCUAUAUCCACCUUAUCUCCUUUCGUUUACUUUCCCCUAAUUUUUCGUUUUCUCCUUUCAUCCUCUGCCUCUUCUUUUCCUCUAAUUUCACCUGGAUCUCUUCAAAAGAAACAGAGCUAUUAGUGGUAGGACCACUACCAGCUGCCUUUCUAUUAAAUGAGACUCUGAAAAUACCUUCCACUUUGGCCACUGCUGCUUUUUUUGCGGAGGUGAAGUCCCCCUGCCAUUUCAGUGGCUGAACAAGUUAAAGUAAUCUGUGGCUAUUGCUCCUGCUUUCUUUCUGAAUCCACAGGAUUCAGCAGCCAGGAUGCUCACAAAAUGAGAUUGCUAUAAAUAUGAUGAAUUCAGCAGCUAAACUUGGAACAAUCAUGUCUUUUAUGUGGAUAGAGAGAUUACACCACUUUUAUCAAAAGGGGGUCUUUAAAAUCCGCUUACGAAAGUUAUGUUUUUUUGUCGUUUGGGGGAGGGCUUUUUAUUUGUUUUUGGAGGCAGAUACUUUGAACUAUUUUAUAUUUAUGUUAUAUAAAUAUUAUUUGUUGAUUUAUAAUAUUUGCACAGUGCCUACUUUCAAGGAGGACUCGAGACAGCAUAUUGCCCAUGUAUUUCAGCUGUUUCUGUUUUUCUCUUGAAAGCAGUAUUCUUUGAUAGAAGACCUAGAAUGUUAAUAAUACUCAUCUCCAGUCUUUCUUGGGUGUAUUUGGUAUCUGUGUGCUUGGAGCUUAGAGUGAUACAGAGGUCAGUUGAAACAUUCUUACACUGUGGGAUUGAUUCUAGCCCCUCAGGUAAGAAAAAAAUUUAUUGUGCCCUUGAAUUUUGAGACCAUUUUCAGUUGCUGCAAAUGUGGUUAUAUUAAAUUUUAUUUUAAACUAACAUUCAAUAAAUAGUGCAACCAGGGAAGAUUUGCUAAACCAUGCCAUUAUUUGGGAAACUAUUGCAAUAUAUGAACAACUGCUUCUUUCUGUGAAGUUUUGCUAGAUGGGAGAAAAAUUCUAAAGCUAUAAUACUGCAAUCUUAUUCUUUUUAUCUAGAAAAAUAAAAUAUUAGGCUUCAGACCCAACUGUGAAAAUUGCAUUUGCUUUCCAGCUUUUACUACCUCUGUGUCAUAAUUUUAACACAUAACAUACAACUUCUGUCUCUUAAGGCAGUUACCAUAUGGUGUUUAUGUCAGACUGGAUAUAUUUAUCUAAUUUUGUGAGAUUCUUUUUUAGCUCCCGACACAGUUCUUGAAAGUAAUACUGCUGUUGUUACACUUUCUCCUUGCAAUUUUUAUGUUGUUGAGAUGUAUCAGUUAUGUAUUAUAAUCAUGGAAGUCUCUUGGCCUCAAAGCCAAGUUUUCUUAGUGGCCUAGGAUAGAUUUUUCACAAAAACUGCAUAGUUACAGCUGUGAUUACAUAGGUCCUUAAUUUGCUUUACAGUUAGCACUCAGCAUGAUUCUAGAUUUUUAAUUAUGUUCCAGCAGUACUAGUUUUCUCAGUAUAACUUAAAAUCAUAACCACUUUGAGAAUUUAUUUUCAGAUCUGAUAAAACUACUCAUUUUUUCUUUAAUGUACAUUGUUUGCUUCCUCAUUCCCACUAGGUUCAACACUUUAGUGACAUCCUACAUCACUGACUCUGUUUAAAGACUUCAUAAGUGAUUCAAAUAUUUGUAUCAAUUUGGAAAAACCUUUAUAAAAUACAGUAAUGGAGAUGUGUUUUUGAGAUGUCUCUUUGGUGAACUAUUAAUAUAAAAAAUGAAAAAAAAUACAAUCAGAAGGACAUUAUGAAAUAUCUCCUAGUAGUUUAGAAAGAAGAUUGAGAACUAUGUGUGAAAAUUUUAGGUCAAGUAAAAAGCAUAAUCCUCAUGCA